AUGGGUUAAAGUUCGGCAAUCUAAAGAAAACGUUAGUAUNGUUUGACAUGAUUUAGAUUAAAUAUAAAUUUUGAAAGAAUUAAACUAGAAAUAUCACUCUAGUGUUUCAUAAUUGCUCAGUUAGAUCAAAAAUUUAGAGUAAGAAAAUCAAUCCUUUUAAGAUUAACUUCUAAAAUCAAGAUUGGGUUUCUAAGACCAAAUUAAAUAACAAUAAUAAAUAAAAAUAGAUAUGGAAAAUGCAAAAAUCAAAAUAUUAAAUAAGGAUCAGAUGAUUGAAUCUUUAAAUUAGCAAUUAUCAUCCUUUCGUCAAGAGAUAAGCAAAACCAGAGUUGCUAUAAGUCCCAAUAGAGUCAUAGAGUAACCAGUAAAUCACUACCAUCCUUCAGUCUCAUAUAUUAAUUAUAGAAUAGCUCAAUAAAGAUCACAUUCUAAUAAUUUAAAGAAUUUUUGA